AUGGCGGACUCGUCGGAUUCGGCAAGCGAGGCCGACGGCGAGGAGGAGAAGGAAGGGGUUGCGGAAGAAGAGCGCGACAACGAGAACAAGGACGCGGAUGCAGAUCGUGCGCCAGAGGAGAUGCGCGGGAGUGACGCGAGGCGCCAGGGGCAAAUCGCGGAUGCAGAUCGUGCGCCAGAGGAGAUGCGCGGGAGUGAUGCGAGGCGCCAGGGGCAAAUCGCGGAUGCAGAUCGUGCGCGAGAGGAGAUGCGCGGGAGUGAUGCGAGGCGCCAGGGGCAAAUCGAGGAUGCAGAUCGUGCGCCAGAGGAGAUGCGCGGGAGUGGCGCGAGGCGCCAGGGGAACGUGGCGCAUGCGGAUCGUGCACCAGAGGAGAUGCGCGGGAGUGGCGCGAAACGCCAGGGGAACAUGGCGGCAGAUCACUCGCCCAAGGGACCGUGUGGAGGUGAAGCGAGGCGCAGCAGGAGCAAAGCAGCUGAGCCCUUGUCAAGGGAGCGAGGGGAGGAGGAGAAGAGCCGUGCUGCGCCAGCAGGAGUGAAGGGAAGGAGAAACGGGAAGACGGGAUCAGGAGCACCGAGGCUGGGAAGAGCGUGGAGAUUACAAGGAAAGAGGCGGGUGGCGCACCAGAAAGAGAAAGGGAGCGCGAAGAGGACAGGCGAGGCAAGAGAGAAGGUGUGCGGUCACCAGAAGUCUCGAGGGCAGCAGAGAAGGAGCGACAGCGAGAGGACAGAGUGCGGCGGUGCCAGGAGCGGUCCCCUGCAAGGGGAGAGAAGCGUCGGGAAGAUGCAGAGAGGCGCUGGGGGGAGCGUGAAGAUGCCCGAGGGAGGAGCCCCAGCCCGAUGUGCCCGAGGAGGCCUGGGCGUCACGGCGAAGGAUCUGCAGGAGCAAGAGCGGCUAGGGAAGGAAUAG